UCUGCACUGCAAGAGUCAAGAUAACUGGAGUUUGGGCUGAGUCUGCAGCAAUCACGGAGUUGUGCUGAAUUCAACUUCAGAGAUGCUUUACACAUGAAAUCUGCUGGCCCUGUAGCUGGUUCUGUCCUGUCACCAUCUCAGCAGAGUUGGAUUUAGAGUCAUGGAGGAGCAUCAACAGCAUUUGCACUGUGUAAACUGCGUCAGUCGUCGCUGUAUGACCAGACCAGAGCCUGGCACCUCCUGUGAUUUGAUUGGAUGCCCUUUGGUGUGUGGAGCAGUUUUUCACUCGUGCAAAGCUGAGGAGCAUCGCAUUUUGUGUCCACUUGAAAGAGUGCCUUGCUUGAACAGUGGCUUUGGGUGUCCCUUCAUAGUAGCCCGAAAUAAAAUUGCAGAUCAUCUAGAAGUCUGUCCCGCAAGUGUGGUAUGUUGCACCAUGGAGUGGAAUAGAUGGCCAGUCAGUUACGCAGACCGAAAAUCUUAUGAAAAUCUGAGUAAAGAUGUUGAUGAAGUGGAGCAGCUAGAUAUGGCUUUAGCGCUUCAAGACCAACGCAUGUUACUAGAAUCACUUAAAGUAGCGACCAUGAUGUCCAAAGCAGCGGAUCAGAUAUCUGAAUCCAGAGAGCCGACYCCUGUCAGAUCAAGUGCCCACGACGCAGUGCAUUCAAACGGCCUCAUGCCUGUGGAUGAAGAUUCCUACGGUGCCCUUUAUCAGGCCACUGUAGAAACAACAAGGAGCUUGGCUGCUGCCCUGGAUAUCCUGAACAGUGCUACGCGGGACAUCAGCAUGUUAAGUUCCAGGCUCGGCAUUUCACCCUAUGAAAGGAGAGAAGACACAGAGAGCAAAGAAGAAGCUGCUAAUGGAAUUAUUCAGGAUAAAAAGUCUGACCAUGAGUAUCCUGAUGAAGAUAACAUAGGAGCAGUUGGUGGAGUCACCUUUGAUAGUCUGAGUCAGAAUACACAAAUGGAGCAAAAUGGUUCUAGUGAUAAUUGUUAUGAUUUAGUGCAAAAACAUGACUUAAAUGGAAACCUCAGUAAUUCUUCACUUUUGUGUAAUGGCUUUCAUGUAGAAAAUGAAAGCUCAAAGCUGUUGGACCAGAAUGAAGAUCUUGGUGUGUCUAAUUUGGAGUCGUCCAGUGUAGCAAACGGUGAAUGUCCCGCGUCUCCUGAGGUUGAAGCGUUACAGCCUUGCAGUCCCUUCCCUGCAGCAACACAGCCUGGAGAAGUAAUGCCAUCUGAUCACUUGGUUAAUGGCAGUGUCAGUCAUAUAGUACCACAUCAUGCUAAUGAAGAGGAAUUGUUAGAGAGGCAGGUGGAGCAAGAAAGGUUGAGAAAUGUCGAUGCCUUCUCGCUUUUACGGCAUCGAUCCUACAAAUUCCUCGUUAAUCACUAUUGGUCUGCACCAAAAGAAGACAAAGCUGUUGAUACAUCAGAUUUGGAGAUAACCGAAGAUCCCAUGGGUCUUCAAGGGAUUGAUCUAAUCACAGCAGCUUUGCUCUUUUGUCUAGGAGACUCUCCCGGAGGCAGGGGAAUAUCGGAAAGUCGCAGUGUCGACGUGUAUCACGUUGACUUUGGGACCCAAACAUUUUCUCUCCCAUCUGCUAUAUUGGCCACAAACACAAUGGUGGGGGAAAUAGCUUCAGCUUCUGCGUGUGAUCAUGCCAACCCACAGCUCUCCAAUCCAAGUCCAUUCCAGACCCUUGGGCUGGAUUUGGUUUUGGAAUAUGUGGCUCGAUACCAAACAAAACAGCGUUCAAUGUUUACAUUUGUUUGUGGACAGUUGUUUAGGAGGAAUGAGUUUUCUUCACAUUUUAAGAAUGUGCAUGGUGACAUUCAUGCUGGCCUUAAUGGCUGGAUGGAGCAGAGGUGUCCGCUGGCGUAUUAUGGGUGCACAUAUUCGCAACGCAGGUUUUGCCCUUCCACACAAGGGGCAAAAAUAAUUCAUGAUCGCCACCUACGGUCGUUUGGAGUUCAGCCCUGCAUAUCCACAGUAUUAGUAGAACCAGCAAAAAGCUGCUUAAUUGGACUACACAACGACCACCUGAGUAGUCUGCCUUUUGAGGUUCUGCAGCAUAUUGCUAGUUUUCUAGAUGGCUUCAGCUUAUGUCAGCUUUCGAGAGUGUCACGUUUGAUGAGAGAUGUGUGUGGAAGCUUGCUUCAGGCACGAGGAAUGGUCAUACUGCUCUGGGAGAAGAGGAGGUACCCGGAUGGAAGUUCUUCUUGGCAAAUAAAAGAAAAAGUCUGGCGGUUCAGUACAGCCUUCUGCACCGUGAAGGAGUGGAAGUUUGCGGACAUCGUGAGCAUGGCCGACCAUCUGAAGAAGUGUAGCUACAACGCUGUAGAGAGGAGAGAGGAGGCUGUUCCGCUGCCAUGCAUGUGUGUGACACGGGAACUCACUAAAGAGGGACGGUCGCUGCGCUCCGUUUUGAAACCUGUACUUUAAGCAUUGAAGCCCCUCCAGUUGCACAUCCACUCAAGCACCUGAUAUAGCCUCGGUAAUACUAUGUGACACUUUAUUAAUGUACUAAAGAUACUUUCUA